GCAACUAAAGGGGUCAGACUAUAAAACCGUCAGGACCCCGAUAGAUCGGACGCAUUUGGCGGGAGUCGGUGGACAGAGCGGACAUUCGUAAAAAUGGCCAUGGAAGUGAGGAUUUUUGUGCUAUUAGUCCUGUCUGUGAUUUUGGUGUCGGGUUAUUCUAAUUAUAGAAUACGACCUAUUACUAAAUCGAUAUAUAGGCAGUAUUUCGACAAAUACCGAGGAUACAGAAUGGGCCACCGCGGGUAUCCUCUGCGUAGACCCUAUGUGAGAUCCAUGGGGCAAUUCUUUGGAAGGAAUAAUCAUAUUCAAAGGUUACUGCCUCGAUUUCAACAUGGAUAUAGAAAGGGAGAUCAAUACCUUCGAAAAGGAGGUAGAGGGGUAGGAAUCAGGCCGAUCCCGAUCCACAGAGUGCCACGCCCUCUUCGUAUCUAUCCAGUCCGUUCCUUUAGACCGAUCCCGACCAAAUGUGCAAAAUACGAAACAAUGGUCUGCUCACCAGCUCCAUAUGGCAUGGGAUCAGGAAAAUGUUUUAGCAUCUGCAGAAAUGGGAAGCCAUGCUAUAAACCAUGUGCUUGUACUUGUCUGCCAUUUUCAAAUGGAAAAUUUAGAUCUCCGGGUAAAACCAAUCUACUUCCUCUAGGAAAAAAACCAAGGAUACCUUACUGUGAAAAAUCUCAUCGUCUCAUUUGUAGCGCUCAAAAAUAUUCAACAGCUUCUGAUGUCCUGUGUGCAA